AUGUAUGACAAGGAGGAGAGGGUUAUGAGAAAUGAGGUUGAUGGAAAUUUGGAAUGGGCACUCCCUAUAAGCACCCAAUUGCUGGUGUUGUUGGAUAUAAGAGUACAGGGUUAAAAGUACUAGUUACCCCUAAGAAGAAGCCAAAUUUCAUUUGCUCUUUCACGCUAUAGAAAUUAGAAUCUAGGCUCCCACAAAGAUUCCCCCACAGUUGAACUCUCUUUACAAGACCAAGCAACAGAGGAUCAGCCAUAACUGAAUUCGCCCAUUGCAAGGGCAGAUAAUGAGUUCUUUUACAUGGGUUUGUUUGCUUUUCAAUCUGUGCAUGUUGCUGUCGUCGUAUCCUGCUUUGUCAGACCCUUUUCUGGGAGAAAAGGGGUUGGCUGAAAUCCCAUCAAAGUUCUUGAAUUUGGCCAAAAGGCCUGAGAUUUUUGAGUAUAUGGUGAAAAUCAGGAGAAGUUUACAUGAAAACCCGGAACUUGGGUAUGAGGAAUUUGAAACCAGCAGGUUUAUCAGAAAUGAGCUUGAUGGAAUGGGCAUUCCCUAUAAGCACCCAAUUGCUGUUACUGGUAUUGUUGGAUAUAUUGGCACUGGAAAUCCACCGUUUGUUGCUAUCAGAGCAGAUAUGGACGCCCUAGCUAUGCAGGAAGCUGUGGAGUGGGAGCAUAAAAGCAAAGUUCCUGGAAAGAUGCAUGCUUGUGGACAUGAUGCUCAUGUUGCUAUGCUUCUUGGCGCUGCAAAGAUGCUUCAGGAGCAUCGCAGUGAUUUGGAGCUUGCAUUUCAGGGUACUGUUAUCUUGGUUUUCCAACCAGCAGAGGAGGGUGGUGGCGGAGCAAAGAAAAUGAGGGAUGCUGGGAUAUUAGAAAAUGUCGAUGCAAUCUUCGGCUUCCACGUCUCUUCUAGUUUUCCUCUAGGCACGGUUGCCACCAGAGCUGGUCCGCUGAUGGCUGCCAGUGGGUUUUUUGAGGCAAAAAUUAGUGGAAAAGGAGGUCAUGCUGCCAUCCCACAACACACGAUUGAUCCGAUUUUAGCCAGUUCAAAUAUUAUAGUUAGUUUACAGCAUCUUAUUUCACGCGAAGCUGAUCCUUUGGAUUCACAGGUCGUCACCAUCGCCAAAUUCCAAGGUGGUCAUGCAUUUAACGUCAUUCCCGAUUCUGUUACAAUAGCUGGAACCUUCAGGGCAUUUUCCCAAGAAAGUUUCAUGCAACUCAAACAUCGUAUUGAAGAGGUUAUCACUCUACAAGCUUCCGUGCAAAGGUGCAACGCCAGCGUUAACUUCUACGCAGAUGAGAAGCCUUUCUACCCAGUCACCGUAAACGACAAAGAUUUGCACAAACAUUUCCAGAAAAUAGCCGGGCAUAUGCUGGGAGACGAGAACGUGAAAGAGGUGCAGCCGCUGAUGGGAGCCGAAGAUUUCUCAUUCUUCGCAGAGGCAAUUCCAGGAUACUUUUACUAUAUUGGUAUGUUCAAUGAGACUGAGGGACAGCUUGCAUCUGGACACUCCCCAUACUUCAAAGUGAAUGAAGAUGCACUUCCUUAUGGUGCUGCUUUGCACGCAUCGAUUGCUGCAACAUACCUCCUUGAACAUCAUUCUCCAAUCGCAACGCAAAAACGGAGCUCUCACGAUGAACUGUAAGUGCUGAAACUGUUCUAGUAAAUGAAAGAACAUGAAUAAUGGCUAGUAGUUAAUUGUAUGAGUUGUGUGGGGAUUGUUGUUAGUGAUUUCGCCAUGGAAGUUGCUUCUGCAUUUGUAUUUUUAUUGA